CAUAUGCUUGAUCAUUCACUAUAUACCGGAUUGGUUGUUUCUUUGUAUCUUAUUACAUGGAUAGAUUGAUUGAUACAAAUGAGACAAACCAACCAUGCAUGUGCAUGUAACAUAUAUAUAGCUUGUGUGAUCUGUUAUAUAUCCAGUCUAAUUAAGGUUAAACAUAAUAACAUACUCAAAGGGAUGUGUAUUAUAAGUAGAUCGAUAAGCUGAAGCAAUCGAUUGCAUGUAAUCAGAAUAAUUAAUUAACUAAUCGCCAGGUGCAUGCAACAAUGAAUUGAGCACCACUUGUUGAAACGCUAGCUAGCCAGGCGCAUGCAUGCAUCCGUGCACAUAGAUAUUGCCUCUGGAAUGUACUGCUCAGACUCAGAGCUUGAGCGACAGGUCCAUCUCCGGCACCGCCUCCCCGGUGGCUGCUGUGGUGCUACCAGCCCAGCCCAUGCCCAUCAGGGGCGCCAUCGUCGUGGAAUCCGGGGCAGCGGCCGAAGCAGAGUACGCCCAGAGCUCCCCGCCGCCGGCGUGGGGCCAGUGAGAGGAAGGCGUGGCAGUUUGAGCUGCCGUGGCGGCGGUGGAGGAGGCGUCGCGGCUGCGCUUGGCGAGGGUGCGCUCGAGCUUGUGGGCGUUCUGGUGGCCGCCGAGCGCCUGCGAGCUGAGGAACUUGCGGUGGCAGUAGUUGCAGGAGAAGGCCUCCUUGCCGGCCUGGUCGAAGGCCACGGGAGUAGGCGCAGGGGACGCCGGGCGCCGGGCGCCGCGCAGCUGGUGCGUGGCCGUGGCCGUGUCGAGGCGCAGGUCCAGGCUGACGCCGUGCAGGAGCAGCUGGUGCGACUGCGGCGCCUCGCCCUCCAUGGUCGAUGGCCGGAGCAAGCAAGUGGGUGGAAGGUACUGCGCGCGCACGGGCGUGUGGUUGUGGAGGAAGAAGAUGAAGAGGCAGAGGGAGUGGCGCGGGGAAGGAAGCGGUGGUGUGAGCUAGCGAGCGAGCGACCGCGCGCGGCGCGGCGCGUGUGUCAGUACCACUGCGGUGACGACGGAGGAAGUGAGUGA